AUCGUAAUCUGAAGUUUAUUUUGACGAUAAGAUCAAUACGCGAACACUAUUAAAAUAAUUUCCAUCUAACAUCAUAGGAUUGUCUAGUAUACGUAAUAUCAAAGACCGGUUUUGUUUUUUGCAAUAAAUGCCCUUGGUAUUAUUAUGUUAAUAGGAUUAUGUAUAAAUACAUAAAUCUAAUUAUAAACUUGCUUUAUAUGUUGUCCCGAAUUAACCAUCUUUUAAAUCCAAUGUAGAAAUAAAUAAAUACGUCAAAUUUCAAACAUGCAAAGCGGCCAUUUUGAUAACUUCUUUCAGUUGUUUUGUUAAUAUUGCGAGAUAAAUAAUAUUGUCCAUUUUUUUGUAUGUGGCUAGUAACGACGUUAGAGUAGGGCUAAAUUUGAAGGGUCGUGUAUGGCGAAAACUCUGUUUGGAAGAUUUCCCCCGACAUUGAAAUCCCGCAAAAAUCUUGACAAGGGCGCUGGAAAUGUUAAAACCGGGCCUAUAAUUCAUAAUAUUACAAAAUAUUGAUUUCAGAGAUGUAUAUAAACAUAUUACUUCUCUUGUUAUUUUUUGACGACGUCCUUAUAGAAGCAAAAGAAGGCGAUGACUGCGUUGUGGAGCAUACGAAAAUACUUGGAAAAUGUACGCCACCAGAUCAAUGUAAUGCUGCAAAUAAAGACUAUCUUAUGAACGGUAUCAAACCUACAUUCUGUGAACAUUCGUUCAGUAAUGUCCUGGUCUGCUGCAGAGAUGGCAGUAGUAUUUUACAAGCGGCUGAACCUGUCGCCCUUAGAAGCGGCAAAGAUUUUACUGAUAAUAGAAGAGUCAGUGAAAGAAAAUGCGAAGAAUACAGUCGCAUUGUGACACAGAAUGUUGUCUACUCCCCUCUGGUGCCAGACGAGUCACCAAAGUCGGUGUCAACUCCAAAUUGUUAUCAUACGUACAUCGAACUGGUGGUUGGUGGAGAGAAGGCGAAUCUAGGAGAAUUUCCACAUAUGGCUGCAGUUGGUUGGGUGAACACAGACGGUCAAUACAUAUUCAGUUGUGGUGGUUCACUUAUUAGUACGAGGCAUGUUUUGACAGCGGCACAUUGCUCCAGAAACCCUCGGGCUAAAGAUCCAACACCGGCUAUAGUCAGAUUGGGGGAUCUUAAUUUGAACACCUCAGUGGAAGAUGGCGCAACCCCCAUAGAUGUACCAAUAAAAACAAUUCAUGUACAUCCAGAAUACAAACCACCAAUGAAAUAUCAUGAUAUAGCUAUUUUAGAGUUGGCAGCUGACAUUGACAUUGACAGUUCUAUUCGACCUGCUUGUCUAUGGCAGAAACCAGACUUUGGACAGUAUACCAUAGCCUAUGCGACGGGAUGGGGAACUACCGAUCCGCGUAAAUAUAAAUUAUCGAAUGAUCUCCAAAAAGUUUCACUAACAUUAUUGAACACUGAUACGUGUGAUAUGUUAUUAAAAAACAAUAUAAAUAGAUUGUGGCAUGGAUUUUCACAAACGCAGAUUUGCGCUGGAGAAAUACGCGGCGGAAAAGAUACGUGUCAGGGCGAUUCAGGAUCACCCUUACAAGUAUCAAGUAUGGAUAACGAUUGUAUUUAUUAUGUCAUGGGGGUGACAUCUUUUGGUGGGAAAUGUGGUCAAAGUGACCAACCAGCUGUUUAUACGAAAGUUUCAAGUUAUAUAAGUUGGAUUGAAAGUAUUGUGUGGCCGAUAUAAGUUUUUUAUUAACCCUUAAAUGUAUACAGUUUUAUGAACAUUUCAAAAACGAUAGAUUAAAAAUUAUUUGGAAUUUUUUUAUUUUUAUUAUAUAUAUAAUAUGUUUUAGUAGUAUAGAA